AUGGCGAACGUCGAAACGGUUCUCUCUGAUUCCGUCGCUUCCCGACCGGAAGACGUCAUCGUUGACAUAAUAGCGCGUCUACCGAGAUGCGACUACCCAACACUGUCCCUCGUUUCUAAGCAGUUUAGAUCACUCGUUGCGUCUCCUGAGCUAUACGUCAGUCGAUCUUUGUUAGGUUGCACCGAAGACUCCCUCUAUAACAUUGAAACCGAUGAUGACCGUUGGUAUAUUCUCCGCCGGAAAGCCAACGGGUUCAGCAGCUUGGUCCUUAUCUCUUCGCUUCCCACUCUGCCUUCCUUUGGAUCCAAGGCUUCCGGAAGCUAUGUUGCAGUGGGCUCGAGGAUAUAUGGGCUUGGUGGGAUUCACAAUGACGAUACGACAAUGAAUGCGGUAACCAUCGACUGUAGAUCUCACACAGUGCAACCUCUCACCAGCAUGCUUGUGCACAUGUGUGAUCCAAUCGCUGACAUCAUCCAUGGGAGAAUCUACGUAGCUGGAAAUAGCUUUCAUGAUAAUGUCCGGAAGAAGGUGAUGGUGGUGUUCAAUACAGAAACACAAAAGUGGGAGGAACCUAGGAUUAUAAAGGUAGACAUUGAGCUUGGUGGUCACACGUACAAGUGGAACGAUGCGUGUGUGGUUGAUGACGUAUUGUACUACUUCGAUUUGGCUGAGAAGAGUAUAAGAACGUAUGAUCCAAAGCAGAGGUAUUGGGGAGUGCUGAAUGGUGUGGAAGAACUGUUGGCUGGGACGGAAUCAUGUUCAUACAUUGACAUUCAUAGUAAACCUAGAGGAGCUCAAAUGAAGCUACAGAGAUGUUAA